GAGAAACGGCCAAAGCCAAAAAAUAACGGUUUAAUAUAUUAAUCACGUAACGUGACGUUGAUCUAAUAUUGAACAUCCUAUUGGCUCAACGGCAGACGAAUCAGCGAAUCAACCUCCAGUAAAUGCUUGUCUUAUGAAUAUUAACUAGAUUACGCACUUAUCACACAAAACAAUAGGUUACGGUACAGGAACUGUUUAAUAUUCAUGAUGACCACUACACUACUACGACCUUUCAUGAAAUAUCUUACAGGAACGUGUACCUCUCUAAACCAAAAAACACACCCUUUGUGUUAUCCGCUCUUAGGAUAACACACAUAUAUUACACAAUGUGUAUUAAAUAAAAACAACAAUGUAAUUUGCACGAAAUAAUUUAAAAAUAAAACAUUGAAUAAAGACUCAUUUAUAACAGAGCGGAACUCGCCUAACUUUGUCAUGUUUGUUUGUUUGACGAAUAAUUAUAAAUUAUACUUUCGUAUAUUUCAAAUGAGUGAGAAAAGCACAAUAUGACUCCGCCCACUAUCAUCAAUAGACACGCACAGGAGUGUUAUUACCUCUCUCAGUCCAUCAGCGUGAGUGUCUGUGAUGCAGGACUGCACGAGCAUGACAUGAAAACAAUCAUGAUACAUUAUUUCAAACAUUUCAUCCGACUUUGACUUCUGUCUGUGGAGAUGGCACAAAAUCAUCCACUACUGUUAUUUCUUCAGACUCUCUUGCUGUUCUUUUCUAUUGUGGAAAACGUUACACCUGUAUUAUCAGAUGGAUGGAUGCAUGCACAUGCAGAAGACAAACUCUUUAAAAAACUCUUCAUGGGUUACAAUAAAUGGUCCAGACCUGUGCGAAACAUCAGUGACGUAGUUAUUAUCAAGUUCGGCCUCUCCAUCGCCCAGCUUAUUGAUGUGGAUGAGAAGAAUCAGAUGAUGACGACAAAUGUUUGGCUAAAGCAGGAAUGGAAUGAUUAUAAACUGCGCUGGAACCCUUCUGAUUUUGAUAAUGUAACAUCUAUCAGAGUCCCAUCUGAGAUGAUUUGGGUCCCUGACAUUGUCCUGUAUAAUAAUGCCGAUGGUGAGUUUGCCGUGACUCAUAUGACCAAAGCCCAUUUGUUUUACACGGGGAAGGUGAGCUGGAUUCCUCCAGCCAUCUAUAAGAGUUCCUGCAGUAUCGAUGUCACCUUCUUCCCCUUUGACCAGCAAAACUGCAAGAUGAAGUUCGGCUCCUGGACGUACGACAAGGCAAAGAUCGAUCUCGAGCAAAUCGAGAACACGGUUGACUUAAAGGACUACUGGGAAAGCGGAGAAUGGGCCAUCGUGAACGCUGUGGGAACGUACAACACGAAAAAAUACGACUGCUGCCACGAGAUCUACCCAGACAUCACCUACUUCUUCAUCAUCCGCCGUUUGCCCCUGUUUUACACCAUCAACCUCAUCAUUCCCUGUCUGCUCAUCUCCUGUUUGACUGUACUGGUGUUUUAUUUACCGUCAGACUGUGGAGAGAAAAUCACGUUGUGUAUUUCCGUUCUUCUUUCCCUCACCGUCUUCCUCCUGCUGAUCACAGAGAUCAUUCCUUCAACGUCGCUGGUCAUUCCUCUGAUCGGCGAGUAUCUUCUCUUCACCAUGAUUUUCGUCACCCUUUCAAUAGUCAUCACUGUAUUUGUGCUGAACGUACAUCAUCGUUCUCCCUGCACGCAUAAAAUGCCCCGCUGGGUUCAUUCAGUGUUUCUGAAUCUAAUCCCUCGCUGGCUUUUCAUGCGCCGCCCAGAACCCAAUCACAAGCCCCACCGGUUCUUCUUCAUGCAGGAGAAGAGCAAGACGCCGGACCUCAGCACAUCCAAAAGCUGGAUCCACCAGGAGACGGAUGGAAGGGGUUGUCAGGACAUGGAGUUUGGAGUCGGGAUGGAGAGACCCAAUUCCAUUUCCUCCCCAUCUGCAACAUCUCUGCAUUUGUCUGACUCUGAACCUUUACUCCAGAAGUAUGAGCUCCAGCAGUUAGGACACGUGGUGAACUCCUGCCAGUGUCCAGCAGACUUUACUAACCUUGUGUUAGAGCGAACAGCAACUUUCUCUCCAUGUGUGCUUCGAGCCUUGGAUGGGGUCAGAUACAUCGCUGAUCAUCUGCGAGCUGAGGAAGAAGAUUUUUCAGUCAAGGAGGACUGGAAAUAUGUAGCGAUGGUGAUUGAUCGAAUCUUCCUGUGGAUGUUCAUCAUUGUGUGUCUGUUGGGAACCGUCGGCCUGUUUCUGCCUCCCUGGUUAUCAGGAAUGAUCUGAGUGAGAUCUGAGAGUUCUCCAUCUCGAGAUCAGAAGUGGACGUGACGGGUUUGGCUAUAUUCGCUCGUACUCUAGCCUGAUCCACAGCGUCCAGGAGAUUUUUGGAGUCCAUGGCGAGCGUGUGAGCGGCCGCCAGCAUUUGUUUCUUA